CGCUUUUCCGGUGCCGAUGGCCGUGCCGGGGAUGGGGGACGGGGGACCCUGCGCGUGUGCGUGUGCGGCGUGUGUGUCUUUUUGUGUUCCCCACCAGGGCGACUCCGCUGAGCCAUCACGCAUCCUCUCGUGAGAGCGUAUCCUUCGCUCCUGUGUCAGGAAAGAAAGAACAGAGCGCGGAAGUGCGCCGCCAAGGUUCGAACAAUGGAGAUGGCGCUCCGGACGGUGCCGUCCGACAGAUCCCGCGCACUCCCUUUGCCCGCGAUCGACCGCCCCCGCGUGACCGAGGGACCCCAGCGACCGCACUCUGAGCGCCAGCCGGCAUGCUCAUCAGAACCGCGGCCGGGUGAGGAGAAGGAGGAGGAGGAGGCCCGCGGCGGCGGCGGCUGCCAUCUCAGCCCUUGGGACUCGUGAGUUCGGCCAUGGCUGGAUGCUUCUGGCUCGGUGGAUAAUUUCCACCCCACCCUGAACCUGAAGCCGCUCCCGCCCCACGUGCGCACGCCCCUCGGCACAAAUCUACCGGGCCCGAUCGUCAGGGGUGCGGCGACUCUCAUCGCCCGGGGGUCCUCCGGCAACGUGUCCAAACACCGCGCCCUCCCCCCGCGGGACCUGGCCGCGUGGCACCGCCCAGCCCAGCCAACUUGUCCGUUUCCAAGCGCGGAUCCCCAGGGACGGCGCCAUGGGGUCCUGAGCGGCUGAGAUGGACGCGAGACGGCCGCGCCUCUCCCGGCAGCCCACUACCGCUCGGACCGGUUAACAUUGGUGGCGUCGCUGGCCUCGCCGGGGGAGCAGUAUGCAGGAGGCUGACUUUCCGGCCACAAAUGCUUUCACAGAGUGCAAAUUCCACUGCACCAAUGGCAACUGCCUGCGCCUCGGAUCGUUAAUCUGCAACCAGCUGAACAACUGCGGGGACAACAGCGACGAGGAGAACUGCCCCGCGGCGACCCAGCAGCCCCCGCCCGGCAUCUUCAGCUCUGAACUGGAGUUUGUUCAGAUAAUCAUUAUAAUCGUGGUGAUGACCGUGAUGGUGGUCGUGAUCAUCUGCUUGCUGAACCACUACAAACUGUCCACCUGGUCCUUCAUCAACCGCCAGAGUCAAGGCAGGAGGCAGGAGGAAGCUCUACAGUCGGAUGGUUGUCUGUGGCCGGCGGAGAGCGGGGCACGCCAAGGAGCCGCUGAGGUGAUGUACGCCCCGCAGUCCCGGGAAAGGGUCGCCGCGCCCUCGUUCAUGCAGCGCGACCGAUUCAGCCGCUUCCAGCCCACCUACCCGUACCUGCAGCACGAGAUCGACCUGCCGCCCACCAUCUCCCUGUCGGAUGGCGAGGAGCCUCCGCCCUACCAGGGGCCCUGCGCGCUGCAGCUGCGGGACCCCGAGCAGCAGAUGGAGCUCAACAGGGAGUCGGUCCGCGCGCCGCCCAACCGGACCGUCUUCGAUAGCGACCUGAUCGACGUGCACAGCGUCGGGGGACCGCGCCCGCCCAGCAGCAACUCGGGAAUCAGCGCCGCCCACUCGGGCGGCCACGGGCGCAUGGAGGGCCCGCCUCCGGCCUACAGCGAGGUCAUGGGCCACUACCCGGGCUACUCCUUCUUUCUUCACCAGCACAGCAAUAACCCCCCGGUGCCGGGGGAUGGACGCAGGACGCUCCAGCAGGGCGAGCCGCAAAGCACAACGGUUCCUGCCAAGGCCAAGGAAGGCCAGCGGGACGGCCUGGUGUAAAGGGCGGGGCGGGGCCGAGCGAAGGUGGGGUGCGGAUGUGCCCGUCUAGUCUAGCUCCUCCCCCUCCACACAAGGGGGUGUGGUCACCUGCUCAACACUCCCACGCACAACUGAAUAUCAACCUUUGCUACAAAGAAACAGACAGGAAAAGAGAGGAACCAAGCUUACAAAUGCUUGUUUUUUUUUUUCUUUUUUUUUCCUUUUUUUUUUUUUAAAGACAAUACUGCUAAAACUGCGGGGGUGCACACUGCGUGGAGUUUUCGGUUUUGUAGCGAUUUUUUUGGUAUUUUCUUCAUACGAGUAAAAGAGACGAUCAGUACUGCUUCUGAAGAGUCCCCCCUCCAAGGACUGCAUUGGCCGUGGAAUUGAGAAUUUUUUUCUCCUCUUUGUUUUUCUUUUUUUCUUGUUUUUUUGUUUCUUU